AUGAUAUCUAUAAGUAACCCAAUGAAGGUCAAUUCUUUUGAAUGGUCAGAAAUUUCGUUGUAUCUUCCUUCAAAAAGGAAUGAAGAAGAAGUAUGCUUGUUGGAUAAUGUGAGCGGACUGAUGAAACCUGGGGAAAUCAUGGCUCUUAUGGGCCCAUCAGGUUCGGGUAAGACUACGUUAUUAAAUAGAUUAUCGAAUAGAAGCAAUCCUAAGUCUUCAAAACAAACAGGAGAGAUCUUAAUCAACAAAGAGGUGGCUACACUGGCAGAACUUAAGGAAGUUUCGAACUAUGUGGAGCAAGAAGAUUCGCUAAUAGGCUCAUUAACAGUUAAAGAGACGGUAGAAUUCAGUGCUAAGUUUGCAAAUAUUCCGAAGCGGUUCAGAGGUGAUUUAGUGGACGGUAUCAUUCGUCUUUUAGGUUUAGAGAAUCAAAAAAAUUUGAAAAUUGGAACACCCUUACUGAAAGGGAUUUCGGGUGGUCAAAAGAGAAGAACAAGCAUUGCAUCUCAAGUAUUAAGCAAACCACAAAUAUUAUUUUUGGAUGAGCCUACAUCAGGCUUAGAUUCAGUAGCUUCAAGAGAGGUUAUUAACACUUUGAAGAAGAUUGCAAUCAGCGAAAAGAUAAUUGUAAUUGCAUCAAUUCAUCAACCUUCAACAUCAACGUUUCAAUUGUUUGACAAAGUUUUGUUUUUGUCUAAAGGGAAACCUAUAUAUAACAGCAAAGUUUCAGAAAUUCCAGCAUAUUUUGAAUCCAUUCAUUAUGGAAUCCCUCAAUAUCAUAAUCCUUCGGAAUAUAUUCUAGAUCUUAUUAACACGGAUUUUUCAAAUAAUCUCGCUAGUGAUGAAGAGUCAACUAUAGGUGAUAAAGAGAUGAUUGUUCAAGAUUUAGUUAACAAAUGGCGUAAAGUAGAAGAACGUCAGAAGGCAUCGCAAGUGGAUGAAGACUACACCAACCUUCAAUCUGAAAAAUCGUCUCAGAUGUAUGAAAAUGAAUAUUUAUUACCGUGCAUUCGAUUCAAAAAUAUUCUUGUUAGAGAAAGUAUCCGUACUGGUAUUUUAUUACAAAGAUUGCUAAUAAAAUCGAGACGGGAUGUUUUGGCGUACUAUGUAAGAAUUAUUAUGUACCUAGGUCUAGCCAUCUUAAUGGGGACAGUUUGGCUAAGACUAGAUAAUAAUCAAGACAAUAUUCAGCCUUUUACUAAUGCAAUUUUCUUCUCAGGUGCCUUUAUGUCAUUUAUGUCGGUUGCAUACAUUCCCUCUUUUAUUGAAGAUUAUUCUAGUUAUAAGAAAGAAAAGAUGAAUGGUGAUUAUGGUCCGUUUGCGUUUGUUUUUUCAAAUUUCAUUAUUGGUAUACCAUUUUUAUUUGUAAUUAGUUUGCUAUUCAGUAUUGUGACCUACUUUAUGUGCCAUUUCCAUGAUAGUUCACAAGGCUUUGGGUAUUAUGUUAUGUGGUUAUUCCUUGAUUUACUUGCAGCUGAAUCGAUGACAGUGUUCAUUGCCUCUGUUUUCCCCAAUUUUGUUGUAUCUUUGGCCUUGACAGCAUUUGCAAAUGGGUUAUGGAUGUCUGUUGGCGGCUUCUUGGUUAGCAGUAAGAUCUUGAAUGACUUUUGGUAUUACACGUUCUAUUGGAUUAAUUACCAAAGAUAUGUUUUUCAAGGAAUGAUGUUUAACGAGUUUGAACAACGUAUAUUUGACUGCGAUUCAAAUUGUCACUGCUUAUAUGAAUCAAGUUUAUCUGAUCAAUGUAAGAUCGCAGGCACAGCAGUGUUAGAGAAUCUAGGAUAUUCCCACAGCGACAAAGGCCUUUGGAUUGGAAUAUUAAUUGUAUUAAUAUUUGUAUUUAGGUUGGGGAGUUACGUUGGUUUAAAGUUGAGAAAGUGA